CACUACCCUUUUGCCUAUAUAAAUGGUAGCAUGUAGAGUGAGCAAAUCACUAACACUCUAGCAUUUGGAGAUACAAUUUCUUCUGCAAUGGCAUUACGCGAGCUUCUACUGCUGGGGAUAUUGCUACUGGUUUGUGUUGCCAAGGUUUCAUCUGAUGUUAACACAGAAAAAGAAGAACUUGGGUUUCCUGAUGACCCUCUUACAGUGAGAGACGGGAACAGAAGGGUAAUGCAAGAGAUAGAUUGUGGAGGGUUGUGCAAAAGAAGAUGCGGUGCUCAUUCAAGGCCAAACUUGUGCAACAGAGCAUGUGGGACGUGCUGUGUGAGAUGCAAGUGUGUUCCACCUGGUACUUCUGGUAAUAGGGAGCUCUGUGGGACUUGCUACACUGACAUGACCACCCAUGCCAACAAGACCAAGUGUCCUUAGACCUAAAUAUCAUGUGUUGCUUUGUAUUUCAAGACAUAUCAGUCUUAAGUUAUCAUCUUAUGUUUUAAGUUAUCAUGUAAUGAAAAAACUAAGAGGUUUAGGGGUAUUUUUAUCUUUCUAUUAUAAAUUUAAUAAGGGUAAUUUAGGAUUUAUGGAUGUUAUGAGGCGUAGGAGAAAAAAGAGAGAUACAGAAAGAAGCAGCAUUCGGAAUAUGCUUCGGGUUGGAUUGAUUCGGCCUUUCAGUCUUGUUUAGGGUUUUUCUUUUUAAUAAAUUGGUUAGUAUGGAUUCA